GAGGGAGGAGAACGACCGAGAGCGACUGCCACCGCCGCCACACUGUCAUUAGACGUUUCGGCGUGCGGCUCAUCGCACCAACGUUUACCGCGCGAAACCCGUCCACUGCGAGCACGACCACACGCGCUCUGUUCUGCUGCCGCCCCCGUGCAGAUCCUUCGUCGUGUCCGUCAACGCGCCAGGUCGAUCGGUUAAAAGGACGAGUUUUCAAGUGCACCACUGGCCUAACCUAACCUGGCCGUACCGCCGAAAACCAUGGACUUCGACGGUCCGAACAACGGUAUCAUCUAAUUCGCGACUCGUCAAAGAACUCCCGGAAUGAACGCUUUCCUGUAUCUAUUCACGCUGUACAUAAUCGAAUGCGUCGGCUUGAGAGAUUUGAAAAUCAACGUCCCGGUGGCUGUACGGUCUGGAUCGACGCUGCGAAUGAACUGUACGUACGAUUUGGAGAACACAGCGCUAUAUUCGAUCAAAUGGUAUCUGAGGGAUCAGGAGUUCUACCGGUACGUGCCAAAAGAAUCGCCUCCAACCCGAGUGUUCCCGAUGCCCGGAAUCGUAGUUGAUGUUCAAGAAUCCGACGAGAACAUGGUAACCAUUGUGAACGUCCGAAGAGAUUUGACUGGAUAUUAUAAAUGUGAAGUGUCUGCGGAUGCCCCGCUGUUCCACACCGGUAUCAAGACAAAACUUACAUAUGUCACUGAUGAACCGUCGUCCCCACCCGUGUUGCAGUCGAACAAGAUGAAGUACUCAGCAGGUGAUCUAAUUAACGUCAGUUGCAUCGCACGUGAAAGCUAUCCGGCUGUCAACAUUAGUUGGUUCUUAAACAAUCAAACGGCCGAACGCAUGAAAUCCGUACGUAUCCAUACCUUCGUCGAACAUCGGAUGGCCGAACUAGUGGUUACCAAAUCCCGUCUGACGACCAUGGUCAAUCCACUGUUGUUUCCUACGGGCCGCAUUAAAAUCCGGUGUGAGAUUUCCCAAUUCGAUCUGUACAAAUCGUGGUCCGAAAUCGAACUCGUCGACAACGCACCACCGAAACUGGCGCAAGUCAUCGGCCCGAGCCUGUCACCGCACUCCACAGGUAAUUCUCCACGACUGCAGAGUUGGGCGACAACCGCGGUCAUAUUACUCAUUGUCAACAUUAAGCUAUUGUAAUUAUAAUAUUCAUAAUUGGAAACAGAACCAGCCGACUACGUUACAGUUGUCCGAAUAUUAAUAAAACAAAUAAAAAAACAAUAAAAUAUAAAUAGAAAGUCAA